AUGACGCUUCAGCGCUCUUCAUGGCGUGAAAUGUGGAAUGCAUGUCCAAAUGAAAUCCAUAUUGACAAGGCUGUGGAUCUUUUCAAUACAGUGUUGCAAGAGAUCGACAUGUUAGCCGUCUCUGUCAGCGAACUCACUCAGCCUCAAGACAUUUUUGCUGUUCGAUACAUUUCCUCUCUCUGCUCCAUCUUCAGGUCUUCGUAUCCUGCCAUCUUUUCUUCUUUGAACUACUUGGAAUAUCUGGGCCCUGCUAGUUUGGAAUGUGCAGUAAUGCUCCUUCAAUGGCCUGUUACACGCGCGUCAAGUUUGCAAUCUCAACAGCUUCAUUUCCCGUUUAUUUCAAUAUCUGCAAACCAGAGAAGACAAAUUUGCAACGAUGUUGAAGAGCUUGUGGAUACGGAUGAUUCAACAACCCUUCAGGAAGCCAAUCAUUCAGAAAACUUUGUUGGUCUAUAA